CCUCCACUGCCCACAUUUCGAGCUUUUCUACACAAAGGGAAAGGAAAGAGCGGGGGUUUGGUAGCUGAGCAAUGGGGUUGGCCAGCGACAGCCCUGCGUUUCCCUUCUCCACCGGCAAGCUCUCCGCCGCCAACUCACCGCGCUUCUGCAACCCCAUCAGCAGGAGGAUAUUUUCUGAUGUUGCUGGGGAUUUAACAGUAUCUGUAGAUGGCCAAUCUUUUCUGCUACACAAGUUCCCUCUAGUCUCUAGGUGUGGAAGAAUACGAAGAAUGGUAGCUGGAACCAAGGAUCCAGAUCUCUCAAAGUUGGAGCUAGUAAAUGUACCAGGGGGAGCUUUAGCAUUUGAAUUUGCUGCCAAGUUCUGUUAUGGGAGUAAUUUUGAGAUUAAUUCUGUCAAUGUGGCUCAUCUCCGGUGCAUUGCAGAAUACUUGGAAAUGACAGAAGAGUACCAAGAGGAGAAUCUCAUCAUCCGGACGGAAACAUACUUGAAUGAGAUUGUAGUGAAGAACCUUGAUAAAUCCCUAGAAGUCCUAUGUGCAUGUGAUGGGUUGGAUCCAACAGUGGAAGAAGUCGGACUUGUAGACAUGUGCGUCGAUGCAAUUGCGAUAAAUGCAAGCAAAGAACAGCUGGUUUCAGGCUUGGCUCAUUUGGAAUGCGAUGUCGGAUCAGGAAAAUUUCGCAUGCAUUGUCAAGAUUGGUGGGUUGAGGAUCUUUCUGCACUGAGAAUCGACUACUAUCAUCGCGUUAUCGCUGCAAUGAGGAGAACUGGGGUGAGGCCAGAGAGUAUUGGCACAUCCAUUGUGCACUAUGCUCAAACAGCUCUGAAAGGUAUAGAAAGGCGCCAUGUGUGGGACUCUGGUCCUCUUGUCGGCGACAAUGAACGAGUCAUUGUGGAAACGCUCAUCGAUCUGUUGGCAACAGAAAAGAUCACAUCGGUUACCUUGUCAUUCUUGUUUGGUAUGCUGAGAAUGGCAAUAGAAGUUGAUGCAGGCCUAGAUUAUAGGAUUGAAGUUGAGAAAAGGAUCGGUCUUCAGCUUGAGAUGGCAUCGCUUGAUGAUCUUCUGAUCCCUGCUGUGCAGACAAGCGACUCAAUGUUUGACGUUGACACUGUCCAUCGCAUAUUGGUGAACUUCUUGCAAAGGAUUGAGGAAGAUGAUUCAGGAAACUUGUCACCUUGCGGAUAUGAGUCUGAUGAUGGGCUAAAGUCUCCGAGCCAUAGCUCGGUCCUGAAGGUUGGAAGACUAAUGGACGGUUACCUCGCAGAAAUAGCACCAGAUCCAUAUCUGAAACUACAGAAGUUCAUGGCUCUCAUCGAACUCUUACCGGACUAUGCACGAAUUGUUGACGAUGGACUCUACCGUGCCAUUGACAUAUAUCUGAAGGCUCAUCCGUCUCUGACGGAGUCGGAGUGCAAGAAGCUGUGCAAGCUGAUCGACUGCCAGAAGCUGUCGCAGGACGCGUCCAGCCACGCCGCGCAGAACGACCGCCUCCCCAUCCAGACGGUGGUGCGGGUGCUCUACUUCGAGCAGCUCCGCCUCAAGUCCACCGUCUCAACCACCCACCACGCCACCACCCUCACCAUGUCCGGCGGCGACGGGUCGCUGUCGCAGCGGAUGAUGCCGGGGGGCAGCGGGGUGCCGAGCUCGUGCGUGUCGCCGCAGCGGGACAACUACGCGUCGCUGCGGCGGGAGAACCGGGAGCUGAAGCUGGAGAUCGCGCGGAUGCGGGUGCGGCUGACGGAGCUGGAGAGGGAGCAGGGGGUGAUGAGGCAGGGCAUGCGGGACGACCGCGGCGGAGGGGAGCACGGCAGGGCGCUGCUGGCGUCCAUAUCUCGAGGGAUAGGGAGGAUAGCGACGCUGGGGGUGGGGGCGCAGGGAGCGGAGAGCAGGAGGAGGAAGAAGAAGAGCUCGCAGUCGCAGUGGUCGUCGGACGGUGGCGGGAAGAGCAGCAGGCGGAGGCACAAGGCGGCGUCUUCCACUGUCACCUACGCCGCUGCAUCCUGAAUCAUACUGCAAUUUUUAGAGGCAAAAGAUGACUUAAACUGCAGGAAAAUUGUAAAAUUAUACGAUUAGAAUGUACUGAUAGUGCUCACUAGCUAA